UAUGAAGAGGAAGAUCUCGAAUUUCAGUGCAAGCUUGCUUAAAAGAUACUUGGAACGACCUUCCUACGUCGAUAUCAAUCCUAAGCUAUCUGAUGUUCUGAAAUCCAUUUUCUUGGUUUUCUCUGAAGUGAUCGUGAGCAUUACUGUAUAUCUUAAACACUCGUUCGGAGAAGGAAGUUAACAACUGUUGUGCUGAAAUCAUAUGUUAAUUGAAAGUGAUGACAUUGAACAUAAUAAUUCACAAACACUGAGGCUUUUUGUUCAUACGUACAGUUGAAGUAGUACCCAGAACACAAUGACGGAUUUAUGGGAUACAGACAAAGCAAUGUCAGUUGAAGCCCCGCUGCCAGAAAAUCCAAUUGAAUAUAUUGCAAAGACAGUAUUUACUCAACUGAAUUUAAGAAUGGAUAGUCAGCCGCAUCCAUGGUCAGAACAGACCAGCCAAGGAAGUACAUCCGAUGCUGAAAGCUAUUGCAGUGAAACACCACUUCUGGAGAAAGCUGAACAGACACACACUGUUGAACACGGGCAAAAUAUGCAAGAAACGACACAAAAGCCCACAGUUGAUACCUGUACAAUCAAUGCGUUUGAUCAAAACUCUUGCUCGGUUGAUGCAGAUUUACUUGAUAUUGCAGGCUCGGCUUUGACUUUGAAUUUUACAGACGUCAAUGAGAUUGUUCAAAUGGCAGUCGUUCCACCACCGCAGAUAUACGGAAGCGGUUGGGAGUUUGGAAGUAUGUGCAGUAUCAACCUGCAUUCGGUUCAAGACGGUGGGGUUCGCAGUACAUGUAACACGUUGGCAAAACACGAUGAUAUUCAGGGUCUCCAAGAACGGCUGCUAUCAAGAAUAUUUGCUGAAAAAAUAUCCAAAUCCGAGUUUGGUUCUGGUUUUAUAGGUAAGGAGUUGAAUGUCCAAUCGCUUGAAAAACUUCAAUCUAUCAGCAAAUACGACUCUCCUCAAAAGACAAGAAGUAUGAGAAAUGUGAUCAUAGUGUGCGUAAGUAAUAUGUUUUUGUACUCGACUGUUUUUGGACUAAGAAAUUUGCAAAGUAGCAUCAAUACCGAGGCCGGUGUUGGGGUUCUGUCGCUUGCUGUUUUCUUUUCAACGUUCAUGAUCGGGAGUUUUGUCACUCCGUUUAUCGUCCGAAGGUUUCCCCCAAGGACCUGUCUUUGCUGGAGUGCGUGUGCAUAUGUCUUCAAUAUUGUUGCAAACUACUACCCCAAAGUGUACACACUAGUUCCAAGCGCUGCUCUUCAUGGAUUUGCUGCCGCUGUGUUCUUAAACGCUAUUAGCACUUACAUUACCGAGGUUGGAUUAUUUGAAGCCACAAUGAAAAGGAAGUCGCUUGAGACUUAUAUAAGUCGCUAUUUUGGCAUACUUUCUCUCAGCACCCAGUUUGCAAUGGUCGUCGGAAAUCUGGUAUCCUCCCUUAUAUUUAUGAGUGCUGGAACAAAAAUGGAACUGCACAAACAGUUCUACAAUGGGAACCAAACCAGUGCAAGUUAUCUAGUGGACAUUUACCAAGAUGGAAACGCUACUUUCAAAACAAAUAACACUGACGUUGUGGUGGCAGUUCCAGCCACAUGUGGUAGUAGAUGCUUGAUAGAGAGUGACGUCACCGAACAUCCCGCGUUUGACAAUCGGGAUAUGCUUUUCCUUAUAGGAACGUAUACUGCAUGUGGGAUCAUUUCCAUUCUUGUUAUAUACUGUUUGUUAGACAAGGUACCAGACUUUAGCCCGAAAACGUUUACUUGCCGUGACCUUGGAAAAGGAUGCGUGGAAUAUUUCCAGAUUCUCAUUGACAGGAAAUUUGGCCUCGCCGUACCGCUGUGUCUUUAUACUGUCCUGAGCAGUGGCUUUGUCGUCGCCGACAUAUUGCAGAGCUACAUCACCUGUCCGCUCGGUGUUCAGAUGGUCGGCUAUUCCAUGAUCUGUUAUGGGGUGUGCGGGUCGCUGAGUUCUGUUGCAGUUGCCAAGGUUACACGUCUGACCGGAAGAAUGCCAAUUGUUCUCUUAGUGGUUUACGGCAUCAGGUAUGUAAGGGCGCUCAAGAAAACUUCUGUACUUUCAGCUGCCGCCUUAAACUUGGCCUGUCUCAUCGGCAUGAUGUACUGGGAACCGACUGAGGUGGACCAGCCGUGGCUUUUGGCGUUGUUGGGUGUCUGGGGGUUCGCCGAUGGCAUAUGGCAGUCACAGACUAACAGCCUCAUUUCGACAGUCUUCGCUGACCGCUAUGAAGAGGCGUUUGGAAGUUGUAGGGUUCUGCAAGGAGUGGCUGGAAUAGCCGUUUUCCUCAUGUCUAGCUCGCUUUGUAUGACGUCCAAGAUACUCUUCAUCGUCGGCUCAUGCGUAGUCACAACAACCUGCUAUAUUGUGCUUGAAAUAGCUGAAAUGAAAUCCAUGAAACUAGCAAUGUCUACUUUACAAGUCGAAGUUAACUGAUUGAUAGUCUUAACCGAUGAUUAACUUUAAAGCAUUCUGUUUCUUUCCCAGUUUUAUUCAGUAAAGGUUUCAUUGUACCUCAUCUGUAUAAUCAUCUCAAAUAAUUAUACAUGUGAAAAUGUAGAUAUACUGCUUCUUUUUGAAGUGUGUUUUAAGUUGUUGUUUUUUAAAUAUUCAUAUUUACAAGACCUUUUGAGUCUUACAUCAGGCUUUAUGUGCCUCAUUUUAACCUCGAUGAGUUGUUCGUACAUGUAUAUUUUGUUUAUGAUUUGUCAAUGUUUUGUAUAAUGUUAUAACGAUAUCAAAUUCGACGUUCUGCUGCUUAGAAUUCGGAUCAAUCUAAUUCAUUUAUUUUAGUACUGCUUUGUACAGUGUUACAAGACGUUGAUCGAUCGUCCGAUAUUGGGGUUUCUAUAUAGUUGAAAGAAUACAGAACUGGUUUGUUCUGGAUCCAUUGAGAUUGGCAGAUGAUAUUUUAGCGUUCAGCCUUUCCUGGUUAUCAUGACAAAAACAUUUACACUUUGUUUAAAAGUUAUAGCGUCUUAAUAGACCGUUUUACCUCAAAUUAUAACCUUGACAAUUAUUUGGCCUGUAUCUCGCAAGUCAUAUCUGCACUUUAAGUGCAUAUAUUUAUGUUGUUGCUUUUUUCAUUCCAUACGUCACAUGACAAUGGCAAACAAACAACUAUAUGUAAAAACAAAUAUUGACAUUUUUAUGCGUGUUUUAAAUGCUCAUCAUAUCAUUGCGAACAUUUAACCAUCGAGUUAUAGCAUACCAGAAAUAAUUACUUGUGGUUUAUGUUUUAAAACAUUAACCAUUGGUUUAUAACCAAAGGUUUGUUGAUAUGUCAUGCAUACAUGUUGUAAUCAAUCUUAACUUCAUUGA